GGAGCCGAACCGAGCGGAGCCGAGCGCGGGCAGCGCCGCCCGUCCCCUGCCCUGCCCUGCCGUGCUGUCCCCUCCCCGCGGGCUGACAGGCAGAUAUGGUCCUGAACACCGUGAGCACGUGACUUCAGAGAUGGACAAGCAGCUCUGUUCCAAGUUGUGAUUGGCCUUAAGUUGACUUAUAACCAUUGAAGAGCUUGCCAGGAAUUCAGUCAUUCCUGCAUUUUGCCGAUCAGAUUGCCUGGCAGCACCAGCUCACCAUGUACGGGAGCGCUCGUUCCGUGGGCAAGGCGGAGCCCAGCACGCAGAGCCCGGGGCGCUCACCGCGCCUGCCGCGCUCGCCGCGCCUGGGCCACCGCAGAACCAACAGCACGGGGGGCAGCUCGGGGGGCAGCGCCGGGGCUGGCAGCGGCAAAACCCUUUCCAUGGAGAACAUUCAGUCCUUAAAUGCUGCCUAUGCCACGUCCGGCCCCAUGUACCUGAGCGACCACGAGAACGUGGGCGCGGACACCCCGAAGAGCACCAUGACCUUGGGCCGCUCGGGAGGGCGGCUGCCGUACGGCGUCCGCAUGACUGCCAUGGGCAGCAGCCCCAACAUUGCCACCAGCGGAGUCGCCAGCGACACCAUCGCGUUUGGAGAGCACCACCUGCCCCCGGUGAGCAUGGCAUCCACCGUGCCUCACUCGCUGCGCCAGGCCAGGGACAACACCAUCAUGGACCUGCAGACGCAGCUCAAGGAGGUGCUGAGGGAGAACGAUCUGCUCCGCAAGGAUGUGGAGGUGAAGGAGAGCAAGCUGAGUUCUUCCAUGAACAGCAUCAAGACCUUCUGGAGUCCUGAGCUCAAAAAGGAGAGGGCUCUGAGGAAGGAUGAAGCUUCAAAAAUCACCAUUUGGAAGGAGCAGUAUAGGGUUUUGCAAGAAGAAAACCAGCAUAUGCAGAUGACUAUCCAGGCUCUCCAGGAUGAGCUGAGGAUCCAGAGGGACCUGAACCAGUUGUUCCAGCAGGACAGCAGCAGCAGGACCAGUGAGCCCUUGGUGGCAGAGCUGACAGAGGAGAACUUCCAGCGGCUGCACGCGGAGCACGAGCGCCAGGCCAAGGAGCUGUUCCUGCUAAGGAAAACCUUGGAGGAGAUGGAACUGCGUAUUGAGACACAGAAACAGACCUUGAAUGCACGUGAUGAGUCCAUCAAAAAGCUGCUGGAGAUGCUGCAGAGUAAAGGUCUGUCAGCAAAAGCCACUGAGGAGGACCACGAGCGGACACGACGGUUGGCUGAGGCGGAGAUGCACGUGCACCACUUGGAAAGCCUUCUUGAACAGAAGGAAAAGGAAAACAACAUGCUGAGAGAGGAAAUCCAUCGUCGAUUUGAGAACGCUCCCGACACGGCCAAGACAAAGGCUCUCCAAACUGUUAUUGAGAUGAAGGAUUCAAAAAUCUCUUCCAUGGAGCGUGGCCUCCGGGAUUUGGAGGAGGAGAUUCAGAUGCUGAAGUCCAACGGAGCCCUGAGCACAGAGGAGCGCGAGGAGGAGAUGAAGCAAAUGGAGGUGUACAGGAGCCAUUCCAAAUUCAUGAAAAACAAGGUAGAGCAACUGAAGGAAGAGCUAAGUGCCAAAGAGGCUCAAGGGGAGGACCUGAAAAAAAGAGUGGCUGGUCUCCAGACCGAGAUUGGGCAGGUGAAGCAGGAGCUGUCGCGCAAGGACACGGAGCUGCUGGCCCUGCAGACCAAGCUGGAGACCCUCACCAAUCAGUUCUCUGACAGCAAGCAGCACAUCGAGGUUCUCAAGGAGUCUCUGACAGCUAAAGAGCAGAGAGCUGCCAUCCUGCAGACAGAGGUGGACGCGCUGCGGUUGCGUCUGGAGGAGAAGGAGACCAUGCUGAACAAGAAGACCAAGCAGAUCCAGGAGAUGGCAGAGGAGAAGGGCACUCAAGCAGGAGAGAUCCACGACCUCAAGGACAUGCUGGAGGUGAAGGAACGCAAAGUCAACGUUCUUCAGAAGAAGAUCGAGAACCUUCAAGAGCAGCUGCGAGACAAGGAGAAGCAGAUGAGCAGCUUAAAGGAUCGGGUGAAAUCCCUGCAGGCUGACACCACCAACACGGACACUGCCCUGACCACGCUGGAAGAGGCGCUGGCAGAAAAGGAAAAGACCAUUGAGCGUUUAAAGGAGCAGCGUGACAGAGAUGAACGAGAAAAACAGGAAGAGAUCGACAACUACAAGAAAGACAUUAAGGACCUGAAAGAGAGAGUCAGCAUUUUACAAGGAGAUCUCACAGAGAAAGAGACAUCAUUACUGGAUCUUAAGGAACAUGCUUCAUCAUUAGCUUCAUCAGGACUGAAAAAAGAUUCAAGACUCAAGACACUGGAGAUUGCAUUAGAACAGAAGAAGGAAGAAUGUUUGAAGAUGGAAACACAAUUGAAGAAGGCUCACGAGGCCACCCUGGAGGCCAGGGCCAGCCCCGAGCUGGGUGAGCGCCUGCAGCAGCUGGAGCGGGAGGUUGCGCGCUACCGCGAGGAGUCCGGCAAGGCCCAGGCCGAGGUGGACCGGCUCCUGGAGAUCCUCAAGGAGAUGGAAAACGAGAAGAAUGACAAGGAUAAGAAGAUAGCAGAGCUGGAAAGGCAAGUUAAAGAUCAAAACAAGAAAGUAGCAAAUCUGAAGCACAAAGAACAAGUGGAGAAAAAGAAGAGUGCACAGAUGCUGGAGGAGGCCAGGAGACGAGAGGAUAACCUUAAUGACAGCUCCCAGCAGCUUCAGGACAAUCUGCGUAAAAAGGAUGAUCGGAUUGAAGAGUUGGAAGAGGCACUCAGAGAAAGUGUUCAGAUAACUGCAGAGCGAGAAAUGGUGCUAGCACAAGAGGAGUCAGCCAGGAUCAAUGCUGAGAAACAGGUAGAGGAGCUGAUGAUGGCUAUGGAGAAGGUCAAACAGGAGCUGGAGUCAAUGAAAGCAAAAUUGUCCUCUACACAACAGUCUCUGGCUGAGAAGGAAACCCAUUUGACCAACCUACGAGCUGAAAGAAGGAAACAUUUGGAGGAGGUCCUGGAAAUGAAACAAGAAGCCCUUCUUGCUGCCAUUAGUGAAAAAGAUGCCAAUAUAGCUCUGCUAGAGCUUUCAUCCUCUAAGAAGAAGACUCAGGAUGAAGUGGCUGCACUGAAACGGGAGAAGGACCGUCUUGUGCAGCAGCUCAAGCAGCAGACUCAGAACCGUAUGAAGCUGAUGGCUGACAACUAUGAGGAUGACCACCUGAAAUCCUCAUCCCAUUCCAACCAAACCAACCACAAGCCCUCCCCUGACCAGAUAAUUCAGCCCCUCUUAGAACUUGACCAGAACCGCAGCAAGUUGAAGUUGUACAUCGGCCAUCUGACAGCGCUGUGCCACGAGCGCGACCCCCUGAUCCUGCGUGGGCUCACCCCGCCGGCCUCCUACCACCUGGAUGAUGACCAGGCAGCCUGGGAGAAGGAGCUGCACAAGAUGACCCAGGAGCAGCUGCACAAGGAGCUGGAGAAGGGGGAGAGGGAGAGCGUGGAGCUGCAGGAGUUUGCCAACGCCAUCCUGCAGCAGAUCGCGGAUCACUGCCCCGACAUCCUGGAGCAGGUCGUCAACGCCCUCGAGGAGUCCUCGUGACCCCGGCCACCAGCCCAGGAGCAGCACACCAGGGGCCAGGCCCAGGCAGCCCACGGAGCUGUGGCAGUGGAGAGCAGUGUGAAACACAGAACAUGGAAUAGAAAAUUCUGGUGCACCUUUGACAGAGAAAACAAAGGCAAAAAAAAAAAAAAAGCCCCUUCUAAGAACUACAUCCUCUCUAGGUUCUUCCAGUCUGUGAUUAAUCAGCCGUUUUUGUAUUCAUCUUCUCACUGCCUUUCUACUUUAGAAUCCAAUUCCCCGCUGACUUUGUUGGUGGUGACUUUUGGAUACAGCUAAGCAGAGCUCUUCCAAGUCUACUGAGCAAAGAAGAGGGGAUCCACUGAACACAAGCAGCUCUAGCUCUCCAUGAGGUUGCAGAAGAGUAGCCCUCACCUUUCAUUAAUAUAUUGCUUUUUCCUUCUUGUCUUCUUUCCUCCUUCCUGUUGUUUAUUUUCAUGAAAGCUGAAAGCCUGAAUUUCACAGUGCUAAAACCAAACCUGAGUGUGCUCUGAUCAUGGCUCAUGGCUGGCCAGCAUCAGCUAGCUCAGGUCUUGCUGCCUGUCUCAAUGCUUCUUAUGUUCUUAAAUAACAGAGUGAGGAAAGGAAAGUUUCCCUCCUUGCUCCUGUUAGUCAUUUCAUCUAGCAGCUGGGAGAAAGGUAGGCAUACUGGUACUUUCUGUUUACUUAACUUGGAAUUUUAUUGUUCACUGCUCUGACUCUGAAUUGCUAGGUGGGCCAUUUUUUGAGGUAACUGUUUUCAUCUUUUGAUUUUUGGGGGGUUUUAGAUGAGGUUUCUCAUCAUAGGUCUGUGUCUCCUGUGUUCUUACUCUAUAGAGAGCUCUCUCCCUUCAAGCAGGUGUGGUCAACAGGUCAGUUCCCAGCUUUAACUUGUACAGUUUGUCCAGUUUUUCAGGCUAUGACUUUGUGAACACUGACUGUCAUCAGAAUAGUGUUAAGCAUUCUGUAAAUGAGAAAUUUGCAUCAUUUAGCUUAAAAGUAUAAUUUUAAAGCUAAGGUAGGUAAACCAGUAGCGUAUUUCUUACUAUAAUUAUAAUUUAAUUUAUUUUGGUUUAGCUUACAUUGAGGAGGAGUGAGUUUGAGUUCAGAGCAAUAACCCUUAUGAAGAGGAGCAUCUCUGCUGGAGUUGGCACCCAGCUGAGUAGAUAGGUGUAAAAUCACAGCUUUACUUAAACCAGUGCAAUUCUUCUGUGUAUAUGGGAGGCCUUAGUUUUAUUCCCAUCCACCUUUGACACUCGUUACAGCUCCUGCUGAUAGGUAAUAUGACCUGAAAUCCCAGAUCAGUUUGUCUGCAGUUUGGUAGCAAGUCAGAAAUCCUAUUUUAUGGGUAGGACUUGGGUGUUCAUUCUUGGACUAUGCAUUAAUGGGGAGACAGGUUUUUUCCUGGCUGCCAGUGGUUGUGUGUGUCUGGGGGCAUCUGCCGGACAGAGCCCUGUAACAUGUCCCCAUGUGCUCCUUAAAGGAGCUGCUCCCUUUGGCUGGCUCAUGUUACCUCAGAGAGCGAGGGGAAGGCAAAAGGAGACCAAAUAACACAGCAGUGGAAGAUAUCUUGGUUUUCUAGUUAAUAGCUAAUUAUGGAUCUUCUCAGUAAACUUCCCAUUCAGAGCCUGCAGUUUAAUUCCAUAUAGCUUACUUCAUUUUGAGGUUAAUCACUAAGCUGUUAUGCUAAGGAAAAUGUUCCAGGCCUUUUCAAGAAAGCUGCAUUUCUUACAUCUCUCAGAUCCACAGCACAGCUCGCCUGUUGGUCCUUCACUCCUUGUUUUUAUCUUUAGAAGUGACCAAUUGCUUCUAACAGAUCAGGAGAUCAGAAGUUUGAGUAAGAGAAAAGGUACCUUGUAGUUUUUUCCCAGACAAGCACUGAAAAUUGGGCAGAACUGAAACCUUAUGUACCUAUUGAAA